UGCUUCGACUCGUGAGGGUCCCAUCUCCCGCUCGGUCCGGGGCUGGUCGUGCGAAGACAAUCGGCUCCGGUGUGUCGGCAUUGUCGACGAAGCUGGUUCUGAAAGCAACGAGCAGCUUUUCCAAGGUCUAGCCGUGAGUGACUCUUGGCGGACGAACAGUUAGUAGUCAAGGUGAAUCAUUCACGGCGGGUCGUCGUCAUUGUCGUCGUCUUCGGGGUUGUCAACAUGCCCGAUGGACGGAUCGCGUUCCACCGGCACUCGAACGCUGGGCCACACCACGCCGCUAACGUGAGGCCGCAUUUACCUCACUCGUCCAUUAUUUCAUGAGGCUAAGCUUGCCGAGCCUCGGCCUGAAGCGUCGGCGACCCCUGAACGUGGGUUGGCUGGACAUUUCUGAGUCCUGACCACCCAUCGUCGAAACACGGAUAGCCGACUCGCUGCUUCGAGCUUGGAGCAGUCCAGGGCCAAGCAUGGUGGCUGUUUCGAGAGUGAGAUAUAUGCGCACUUUGAUACAGAACACAGAGUCGCACAUCACAUCAACGCAUGCCGGCCUGCUUCAACCAGUCGGGGGUUUUCUGGCGUCUGAUGGAUGAUUCCGGCUCAGUCUUGCACCUGGAGAUGAUCCCAGUCGACAGCUCGAGCCAGGGUAAAGUGCAGUAUUCCCUAUCGUUGUCGAACAUCCCUGGUGACGGGACCUCAGAGACAGCACAGCAUGCGGCUCUCGAGGGUAGCUUAUCUGGUCUGUCACCUUUCAUCUCAUGCUCCUGCAGCCUCCCGCGCCGCUGCGUUGCCCCAGCCACGCGUGGACGGCCGGCCCUGGGACCCUCCCGGACGUCGAUUCACUGACCGACUCGCUUCACAUCCUUCUUAAGCAAUAAUAAUGGCAGCAUCUUGCAACUCGGACGUGGGGUAGUAGUUUAACCCGCUUCCCUCCCAAGGAAGAGACCUGGGUGCAAAUCCCGGCGUUCGAACUGGCACUGAGCCAUCUUUUUUUUUUUGCGCCUUUUUGCGCUUUUCCUGCUGUGCCGUAAAGAGGGAGAGCAUCGGCUUGCGUUUGAUGAGCCCAGGUGGUCAAUGAAUGCUUCUGGCCAUGCCAGGUGUCACAGUGUGGAAGCAAAAAGCCGGGUUUGUCUCUCUCGAGACGCCUGGGAGGCUGGUGGUGAGGCCAUCCUUCCGCUUGAGGCUCGGGAAGCGGAGAUGUCACAGCCUCUAUCCUGCUCCUUCCCACUCCUGCUCUGCUCCUGCUCUUCUUGCCCCUGCCUGCCCUACCCUCGAAUCACGCGACCUUCCACACCACUCACCACCACUAUCCUCUUGGAGGUUGCGCAUUCGUGAUCGUGCAGCACUUCAUCCGUGAGAGAGAGAAAAAAUGAAACGUUCACACAAGUUUCGUCACUUCCGACAUAUGUGGCAGCGAGCGUCUUGCAGACGGCAAUCCCCUGGGAUCCGGGCCCGCGCAACCUCACCUUCGAUACGCAUACAGUCUCCUUGUUCCCACGUACAGUCUUACACCGACGGUUGAAAUAGCGUGAACCGUGCCCUACUGUGUUACUAUCAGCCAGUGGAGUCGUGGGCUUGCUUGCGAUCUGCAGCGGCUCGUGACCCCCUGGUCGCCCCGUCGGCACUGCCCUGCGCGGGCAGCGGUACUGGACGCCUCGCCUUAUUAUAGCGGCUGCCGUCCCGAGCCACACAGCACCUCGAUCAGCCGAUAUCCACUCCGCACGGCGCGGCGCCUCCACGCGUCAUGAAUGGACCGCCUGUUCGUGUCUCACAGCCUUGGUCAUCCACCACCACUCACUCGUACGACAAGCCGCAAAAGAGUCGGUCGGGCAGCCUGGCGGUUUGUGUCUCGAAACCGCACAUGGCACACCGUGAUGCCGUCUGUCAGCUGACGCUACCAAGUCGAUACCCGCCGACCCCACAGCGCAGUGGUGUAAGCAGGCGACAGCAAUAUCAAGCUUUAUUUUCUUUUUUUUUUUCACGUCUUUUCUCUCUUUCGCUGCCUGCCUGGCAGACGUUGCGCCUCCGAUAGUCGGGCAUCAUGGACGUCCGCAUCGAUGAUGCCGUGCGCCACGCAUAUCGCUCCGCUUUCACGCAGGCCGUGGCCCAAGGCCGAGCUAAACCGUUGGUGAUGCCGUACAGCCUUCUCGGAGUCCCCGUCGUCCUCGUCCUGUGGCUGGCGAUUCCGCACACGCGGCGGCCAUGGCUCUACCAGACAAGGUGGCUCGUCGUGGCAUUCGUCGUCGUCUUUAACUGGCGUGUAGCCCGCGAAUUGUCCAGCACUAACAUGGCCUGCUCGUAUGCGGCCGGGUUGCACGCUGCUUGGGGGAUCAUCUUGACCAUGGACCUUCUCAUAUGGAAACGACCGCAGUUUGUCGCUGCCAGAGCCGUGAGGGUGCUUUCUCGUCGCGCAAAUGGGGAUGCCGCCGCCGCCAUUAACCCGGACGCUUCGAGUCAGGACGGUUUGCGAAGACGCAAAGCCGCAGAGUCGGCAUCAUCACAGGACAAACCACAAGCGGCAUCUAAAAACAGCGAAUUUGUGUGGCAGACGUUCCCUGAAGAUGGCAGCUUGUGGGAGCGCAUUGGCUGGGCUUGGGACUUGGCCUCCAGCUUUCGCGGAUCUGGCUGGAACCAUUCAAUCUCGUCCAUCCCUAGACCUCAGAUGCCUCCCGUGGUUUCCUCAGGGGAGCCCGUCAACAUAGAUUCCAUGCCCGUCGUCUCGGACAGCGGCUACAAGCGACACAGCUCGGAGGCGGCUUUCACGCGUGACCGACUGGUGAAGCUGGCCCUUUUGUAUCUAGUUCUCGACUUUCUUUCCAUCUUCAUGAUGAGAGAUCCAUACUUCAUUCUCGGCCCCGACCAGCCACACGACCUGCCGCCGCAUCUCGAUCGCCUGCCCCGCUGGCUUCUGCUGCUAUAUAGAGAGUUCUUCUCACUUGCCGGGAUCGUGGGCGCCAUCGGCGCCAUGUUCAGCCUCGCCGACCUGGUACAGUACUGGUCCUUCAAGGCGCUUUGCCCAUCUCGCUCGGCGUUGUGGUUUUACAGUACUACCUUUGGGUCCUUCGACCAGGUGCUCGAUCGCGGAUUGGCAGGCUGGUGGGGGGCGUGUUGGCAUCAGACGUUUCGCCAGCAGUUUAUGGGUCCGGCCUCCUACCUGCUACAGCAUGGCUAUCUCAACAAGAAGUCGGAGACGUCAAAGGCCAUCACUAUGUUCAUUUCGUUUGCCCUGUCCGGCUUCCUCCACGCCUCUGGCAGCAUGUCCGCCAUCCCCGCUACCAAGCUCUGGCGCUCGCCUGCCUUCUUCCUGCUCCAAGGCGUGGGCGUGCUCACCCAAGAAAAUUUGGCCAGGCUGGCAAAGCGGCAUGUUCCGGAUCCCUCGCUUGCGCAGAUCCGCAUGGCAAACGUGGUCUUUACCGCCGCGUGGAUGUACGCCACGGCGUGGCUCUUCAUCGACGAUAUUGCUUCGAGUGGGCUGUGGCUGGUGGAGCCUGUGCCGAUAUCUCCCCUGCGCUGGAUGGGGUUGGGGCAUCCUUCGGAUCACUGGUGGCGAUGGGACCGAGACCAGCUGCCCAAAUGGCACGUCGGAAGGCAUUGGUGGGACACGGGCCUCGCAUUGUGAAAUGUUCAUAUAGAUAGACUUGGAGUGCAUGCAUUCAAGGAGUUUGGACGAUAUGUAUUUGCCUUGCAAGUCGCACUUUCACUUAAUGAAAGCCAAUCGUUGGCACCAAUAGACUUAAUGC